AUGGCGAUGUCCACGUUCCAGAAGGUGACCCUCGCGACGUGUCUCGCGCUGUGCGUCGCGCUGCUGCUUCCCAAAAUGCUGCUGUCGCGAGGGAGGAAGGAUGCUGCAGAGCGGCCGGAGGGUUCAGGCCGCGCACCCCCCAUGGUGCACCGUCAGGCGGCCCCAGACGGCCGGGGCCAGAAGGCUGCGAGCGCCGGCUACUCCAGAUCCCACAGCCCAGAGGCCUCAACCAAGGCGAAGGGAACAGGAAUAGGAACAGGAGGCAAAUCCAACCUGGCGGGACAGAUCAUCCCUGUGUACGGCUUUGGGAUCUUAUUCUACAUCCUCUACAUACUGUUCAAGAUCACAUCGAAAGGCCACAACAAACCGUCAGAGAGCAGGUUUCCUUCAGCCCGCUCAGAGAACAAGAAGAGGAAGAUCACCGACUUUGAACUGUCUCAGCUGCAGGAGAAACUGAGGGAAACAGAGCUGGUGAUGGAGAAAAUUGUCUCCAACGCCCAGGACAGCCCCAGCAGGGUGAAGGGUGUGAUGGCAGAUCAGGAGAAGAGUCUCCUGCAGCAGCUGACUGAGAUAACUCGGGUGAUGCAGGAGGGACAGCUGAUGGAGGGCAUGACUCCAGAGAAGAAAACCCAGAACAACUGGGAAGAUUACCCUGAGGAGCCUCAGCAGCAGGACUGGGAACAUUCUCCCUGCUGUUGUCAGCACAGUGAGCAGCACCACAGUCCACACACAGAGACAGAGGCCGACAGGACCGAAGCUGCUGAGGGUGACUUGCUGGAAAAUGUUCCUGCUGAGGAGGUUGCAGGUGAAGCGGAGGCCCAGGAAGCACAGGACGUGACCACAGACGCUGUGAGAGAAUCUGAUUUUAACACAGGAGGUGAGGAGGACGCAGGGCCACAGAAUGAUUUAGCUGUAAAUGAGAGGGAGGAGCUGCAUCAACACAAAGAGCCAGGGGGUCAAAUUGAUCUGGGCGUCCCGGAGAAGGAGCUGGCCGGAGUCCUAAAGGAACUGGAGCUCACGCUGCAGAUGACGACCAUGAUGGAGCACGAGAAGGUGGAGGACCUCACCCGGCCUGUGGAGACUGAACCUGCUCAGAGUCAGGUCAGACGGAGAAACAGGAGGAGGAGUGCAAAGAAAGCUGCACACUGACUCGAACAUGAUGCACACGAACUUGAGCCUGGGGCUUGUGUAUGUGAGGAGAACCUCUUUUUUAUUAUUUAUCUGUUGUCAUGAGAUGGACGGUUCUGUGAAGGAUGGUGAUAGAAGUUGUUUCUUUAUUAAAGUGAGUAUAGGAGAAAUAUGUGGACAGAGUGUUUUUUUUAUCAAUAAUAUCCGAUUUAUCUAUUGGAUGCAAAAGAAAACAUAGUAUAAAUAUACUUAAAAUGUUUCUUUGGAAAAACCAAAGGCCUAGUAUUUCAUUAUCAAAUAUAAAACACCAGUCUCCAUAGUUUUUAAUUGAAUUUACUGGAGAUGCAGAUGGGACUUGUACAAUGUAAAAUUGUGAAGGCAAUACUUGACAAGCAGUAUCUUGAAAUAGUGCAGAUGUGAACAAACCCAGUGUUUACUUCAGUUAGGAAAGUGAUGAGUUGGUUAUCUACAAUGGAGUAUUAGAGAAAUAUUGCAAAUAAUGUAGAAUUACAAGAAUGAAGUCAAAAUGUAAUGAGAUGUGAAGUUGUAAUUUAAUGAGAAUAAAGAAAAAAUGUUAACUUAAUUUUCAGAAAACCAGACAGAAACAGGCCCACGGUUCAUUUUAGCUCCGAUCAGGGCAGUUGUCUGUAAAAUGUCCAAUGGGCAGAAAUAAAUGCAGCUGAUAAAAACUGGACCCGCAAUGAAAAUAGUGAUUGAUUUGAUUACAUUACUUAUUUACUGAGGGGAAUUGUGCUCCCCCCCACUGCUGUCAGCAUGUCUGAACCAAAUUAAUUGGAAACUUCCUGUAGUCUUCACGUCCCAGAUGGAUACGUUCACUCUAUAUAUUUCUAUUAUUUAUAAAAUAUUUACUGACUAGAAACCAGUAUUCAGUUUAACAGCUUUAAUGUGAACAGACACAAAAUAUGCUGCAGUAAUUGUGAGGAAAUGGUUCAACGCAUGUUUGGUAUUAAGUGUUCCUGCUCUCUUCUAGACAAAGUGUUUGUGAUAAAUUCAUUUUUUGCACCAACAACAGUUUAACUUCUUCAGCUUGAAAUUAUUAAAGAUUUUUACUUUUAUAAAACUUAUUUAUUCACUGUUCAGAAAAGCACCCGAAAAGACAUCAGUGAUUUAAAUACUGUGAAUAAAAUGGUUACUUCAGUUUC